CCGGGCGGUGAGCUCGCAUUGGGGGUUCAGGGGCGGGGGCUGUUGCCGUCGGGCGCGAUGCAUACUUAGGCUCAGACUCGGCAGAAGCGCCGCAGCCUCCCCACUGUGGAGAGACCGCGGAGAGAGGCUGAAGCUUUUGGAAAGAAGAAACAUGGAAAGUGGUGCAGUUCUGCUGGAAUCUAAAUCCUCACCAGUUAACCUUUUGCAUGAAAUGCAUCAGCUACGCCUUCUGGGUCACUUGUGUGAUGUGACUGUCAGUGUGGAAUACCAGGGUGUUCGUGAAGAAUUUAUGGCCCAUAAGGCAGUGCUGGCAGCCACCAGCAAGUUUUUUAAGGAAAUGUUCCUUAAUGAGAAGACUAUGGAUGGUACUAGGACUAAUGUCUACUUAAAUGAAGUGCAAGUUGUUGACUUUGCUUCAUUUCUUGAGUUUGUCUAUACUGCAAAGGUACAGGUGGAAGAAGAUCGGGUACAGCGAAUGCUGGAAAUGGCUGAAAAGCUAAAAUGUUUGGACUUAUCGGAAACUUGUUUUCAAUUAAAGAAACAGAUGUUAGAGUCAGUACUUUUGGAGUUGCAAAAUUUCUCUGAGUCUCAGGAGGCAGAAGGGAGCAAUGAUUCUCCAGUAGGUGUUGCUUAUGAUGCUAGGGCAAGUACAGCUGUGGAUAGUCCUCUCACCAACGGCCUUAGGGGCUCCUCAGAGCCCCCAGUACGGAGAAUCAGCAAUGGCACAUUGCCAAGUAUGCCCCCAAGGAAGUCCAAGGAGAAAUCAGAUAAAAAGAAAGAUGUAGUUAAGGCUCCCUACCCUAAAAUCAGAAGAGCUAGUGGAAGGCUGGCUGGCAGAAAGGUAUUUGUGGAAAUUCCUAAAAAGAAAUACACAAGAAGACUCCGAGAGCAGCAGAAAAGUGCUGAGGAUGAUGCGGGAGACUACAGGUGUCUCCAGGAUCCCAGCCGGGACACUGUGGGAACAGAGAUGGAGCCAGUGACAAAAAAUGAGGAUUGCAGUGCUGAGGUGGAGGUGGAGGAGGUGCUGCAGAAGUCAGGGCUGGGAGAGGACGAGGAUGAAGAGGACGAGGAAGGGGAGAAGAGAAAGAGCAACUUUAAGUGCACUACCUGUGAAAAGGCCUUUCUGUACGAGAAGAGCUUCCUAAAGCACAUCAGGCACCACCACGGAGUGGCCACUGAGGUGGUUCACCGCUGUGACACCUGUGGACAGACCUUCGCCAACCGUUGCAACUUGAAGAGCCACCAGCGCCACGUGCACAGCAGCGAGCGCCACUUCCCAUGUGAGCUUUGUGGGAAGAAAUUCAAGAGGAAGAAGGAUGUCAAGCGGCAUGUGGUACAGGUCCAUGAAGGGGGUGGUGAGCGGCACCAGUGCCAGCAGUGCGGCAAGGGCCUGAGCUCCAAGACAGCCCUGCGGCUCCACGAGCGGACACACACAGGCCAUAAGCCCUACGGCUGCACCGAGUGUGAAGCCAAGUUCUCACAGCCUUCGGCACUGAAGACCCACAUGAGAAUUCAUACAGGGGAAAAACCUUUUGUCUGUGAUGAAUGUGGUGCAAGAUUCACUCAGAACCACAUGCUGAUUUAUCAUAAAAGGUGUCACACAGGUGAAAGACCUUUUAUGUGUGAAACAUGUGGCAAGAGUUUUGCUUCUAAGGAGUAUUUAAAACAUCACAAUAGAAUCCAUACUGGAUCCAAACCCUUUAAAUGUGAAGUUUGUUUUAGGACUUUUGCCCAGCGGAAUUCACUUUACCAGCAUAUUAAAGUCCAUACAGGAGAACGCCCCUAUUGUUGUGACCAGUGUGGCAAGCAGUUCACCCAGCUGAACGCUCUCCAGCGCCACCAUCGGAUCCACACGGGAGAGAAGCCGUUCAUGUGUAAUGCGUGUGGACGGACAUUUACUGACAAGUCCACUCUCCGGCGGCAUACCUCAAUACAUGAUAAGAAUACUCCAUGGAAGUCUUUCCUUGUUAUUGUAGAUGGCUCACCCAAGAAUGAUGAAGGACACAAGACUGAACAGCCUGAUGAAGAAUAUGCACCAUCUAAACUUUCAGAAAAAUUGCUGUCUUUUGCAGAAAAUGGCCAUUUUCACAACCUGGCCACAGUCCAAGGCAGCGUACCUACUGUUCAUGAGAACAGUUCUGCAGACACAGCCUGCAAGUCAGAUAAUUCUAUAGUGUCCCAGGAUGCUUUGCUGGCUACCACCAUCAGUGAGCUUAGCGAGCUGACUCCACAGACAGACUCGAUGCCCACACAACUUCAUUCUUUGGCCAGCAUGGAAUAAGAGCUUCAAGUCAUUUGCCAAGCAGGUCCCAUCCUGUGUCUUUUGUUAGCUGUAUGCAAGAUAAUGCAAGCAAAGAGGUGGGCAAGAAUGGCUUCUGCAGAUUUUUCUAAAUUUCUGAUAACUUGCACGUUUUUAUCAAAAGCAUUUUUAAAGCUUUCCCUUAAAACUCCUGAUCUGCAUGACCUUAGCUACACUUUAUCAACAAAACAAGGCAAUUAACAUAACCUCACUUAAUUCUGGUAUAGGCUGCCUUAUGCAUUAAUCAUUCUAAUGCUUGAUUAUCUUGAUGUUUAUGAAGUUUGGACAACUGUUUACUUUGAUAGUAGAGUAUACAGCAUUGAUCCAGCUUGUGAAAUUGCUGUCAAUGGUCUCCCAGGUCUUUUAGCUUGCCUUAUACUUCCAUGUGGGUUUAUUUCUCUGGUACCUUUAAGGUAUUUUUCUGCUGAGCUGAAAUAAAACUGGGGCCGUGUAUUUUCAGCUGUUUCUUCCCUGUCAAUUGAAGCAAAUCAGAUUUGCUCCAGGGACCCUUGAAUGGGACUGAAGAAAUGAAUUACUGCAUCACCCUCCACUGCCCCACCCCCCAACUAAAAAAACAUUGACAAACACUUGCAUAAUAGCUUAGUAUAACAUCUACUCACAAGCACAUAUGCAGCUAUGAAAUUUGUCAUAAAAUAGCUUUCUAAAUGAAAUGUGGCUGUUUAGUUUUCAUUCCUAAAAAUCUGAUAAGGUAAAAGCUGUCCUACCAAAGAUUUUAGCAGCAAACAGUACAGUAUUUUUUUGCAAAAGUGUGAAAAAUUAAGCAAGAGGCUUAAGAACACUUCAAACAUUGUGUAGUCAUUCACAAGUAGCAAUGAGGUGAUCGUGACAUAUCUUAGAGCACAGUAUUAGUAUUUUUGCCUGGUUUUUCUAACUUAAUUUCUGUAACUUAGAAACCCAAACUUUCUCAUUUUUACAUCAAGAGCUAGAAACAGGUAAUUGCUGCAUAUUUGUUUUCUUGGGAGCAUUUGAGAAUAUGGAAGGGACCAAAAACCUUGGCACACUCAUUGUUGAUUAUGCCUUAAAAGUAGAUUGUGAAGAACCAGUAACUUUUGUCUUAAAUGCACCUUUGGCUGUCUCAUGCUGGAAAUAGUACUCAGAAUGAAUUUGCAAUGAAUGAAAAGAUAAUUCUGCUGUAUUUGCUAAGCCUGAUUCUUGGUUUCAGUGGCUUUUGUAUGUUGUGUGCUUAUGGAAUGCUUUGACUCACAUGUAACCCUUAACAUAUUAAUUUAAAAAGAACCUUGAAGAAUUAUUUUGUUCACCAGUUUUUCCUACAUCUUAAUUUAUUGAACUUACUGUGAACACUUUCAUUUUCUAAGAAAAAGGUACUUUAUCCGUAAGUUCCAAGAUGAAGACAUAGCUACAUUAUAUCAGAAACUAAAGAGGGAAAGACUUUCUUUGUAAGUGCUUAUUUUAGUUUUUAACAUGUUACAUACUAAAGCCACUAUAAGAUGUUUUAGGUGCUGUUAACAUGUUUCACACCUGCUCUUGAAGACAGCAAUAUUGAACUACUUCAAAUUCAGUUAAAACAUAUCCUAGUUGUGUUUACAGGACAAAAAAAAAAUAGUGACUGUCACACACCAUUUUAUUCUUGGUUAGAGAAUGAACUUGACAGCUGAUUUACUGUGUCAUGGAGUAAAGUCAUCUUAAUGAGAAGGAAUUUAAAUAGAUUAUUUUGUUACUGGAAGAAUUUUUGUCUUGAAUUUGUUUCUUUAGAAAUUCUACAAAAAAUCGUUUAAUCUGUUAAUAAAUGUUUGCUUUGUAAAAGUUUUACAAGUCUAAGUUUAUUUCUAUUAAAAUUUACAUUGAAACAA